UGAGUUUUCUCCUUCCCGACUUUGGAACAGCCCUCGGCGGCUAGUGCUUGCAUCCUUGCAGCGGCGGCAGACGGCGGCUGGCGACGUACAGCGGCCGCUGACGAACGGUGGCUGGCGACGGCAGUGUUUAGGGUUUUGCCGGUGACAUUGGCUUCCUUCGUGGUCAUCUCAUCAAUCUCCGGGCAUUGCAUCAACAUUCAGCAACGAAGAAGACAGCAUCCAACUACAAGUUGUUUUUUCAUUCGCUGCUUCGAUUAUAAUCAUUAGUCACCUGUACAUUAGGGUUUGCAGCCCUCUUAUCAGGCGGCGGCCAGCUUUUGGGUUCCAGGCUUCCGCGGGAGAGCGAAAGAAGGGAAAGAAGGUUCGCAGAAAUGGCCUUUGCUAAAGCUCAAAAGACAAAAGCGUAUUUCAAGCGAUUUCAAGUGAAGUACAAGAGAAGAAGACAGGGGAAAACAGAUUAUCGUGCACGCGUUCGACUUAUUAAUCAGGAUAAGAACAAAUACAACACACCAAAGUAUCGGUUUGUUGUUCGAUUUACUAACAAAGAUGUUAUAGCACAAAUUACAUCUGCCAGCAUUGCUGGAGAUUUGGUGCUAGCAGCAGCAUAUUCUCAUGAACUUCCAAGAUAUGGACUUGAAGUAGGCUUGACCAAUUAUGCUGCUGCCUACUGCACUGGGCUUUUGUUGGCCCGUAGAGUCCUCAAAAUGCUGGAGAUGGAUGAGGAAUACCAGGGAAAUGUGGAGGCCACUGGAGAGGACUUUUCUGUUGAGCCUGCUGACAGCAGGAGGCCUUUCCGUGCUCUGUUGGAUGUUGGCCUGGUAAGGACAACCACUGGCAACCGUGUAUUUGGUGCUCUUAAGGGUGCACUUGAUGGUGGGCUUGACAUCCCUCACAGUGACAAGAGGUUUGCUGGAUUCAGCAAGGAGCAGAAGCAUCUUGAUGCGGAGGUGCAUCGUAAAUACAUCUUUGGUGGUCAUGUGGCUGCUUAUAUGAAGACUCUGAUGGAGGAUGAACCUGAAAAAUAUCAGUCUCAAUUCAGUGAAUAUGUUAAGAAAGAAAUCGAACCUGAUGCCAUUGAGGGAAUGUAUAAGAAGGUACAUGCUGCCAUUCGUGCUGAUCCCUCCUUCGUAAAGACUGAGAAUCAGCCUCCCAAGACGCACAAGAGGUACAACCUAAAGAAGUUGACAUACGAGGAGAGGAAAGUGAAGCUGAUCGAAAGGUUGAAUGCUCUCAAUUCAGCUACAGCAGAUGAUGACGAGGAGUGAUGAAAGAGGAAUUUUCUUAUUCUUUUGAAUCUGUUCUGCCUUCUGAGCACUCCUGUUUAUGACUGAGCCAGUUUAGAUGCCCUCUUCAGACAAUUUUUAUUUUUAGGUUUAAGGUUGUGGUUUAGUGGGAUUAUGCAUCCUAAUUUUGUUAGACAAUUGUACCGGAGAAUGAACGGUCUUUUUUGGUUGCUGUUA